AACCACUCAUUGGGUGACAAUCGAAAAAAUCAUGUCUCUUCUUUUACGUUUCACUAAAUUUCUUACAAGUCUACCGAGCCACAUAUUUACGUGGAAGUUUUUAUUCAAAUCUCUAAUUUUCAUUCCAUUGAUUACUAUUGCAACGUUUCUAUUGCUAUGGUUCUACUUGUCAACCGAAAGUAUUCCAAACUUAUUUAGCUUCGAAGAGGCGCAGAAAUAUACCUACGAUUAUAUUAUUGUGGGUGGCGGAACGGCAGGAUGCAUUUUGGCCAGUCGACUGAGUGAAAAUGGAGAUGCAAGUGUUUUACUAAUUGAAAGUGGUAGCACAUUCAGCCCACUGGCCAUGAUUCCAUUUUUGACAUCGCAACAGCAACGCAGUCGAAACGAUUGGAGGUUGGAAACAGUGACCCAGAAACAUUCAUCAUUUGGAUUCAGAGAUCAGAUUCAGUUUUUGCCACGUGGAAAGGGAUUGGGUGGUUCAAGCCAAUUAAAUUAUCUGUUACAUUUUGAUGGUGCGAAAAAAGAUUUGCGCCGAUGGCAAGCACACGGUGCUGAACUUUGGGACUUCGAUGAUACACCAACCGACAUGUACACGAAAAAUGAUUGCAGUGAAGAUACUUGUUCGGCUGAUGGUCAAAAGAAAGGCCCAAAAGUGUCACAAUCGACUCUAUUGAAAACAUUUUUGCGUACAACUUCCAUAUCGUAUGACUACUCAUUGCUGUCGUCCACAUUUAUUGAUGGUUCAGACGAAUUGCAUCGCAAAAACAUAUCGAACCUCGAAUAUUACCUUGCAAAGUACAAUACCGACAAAGGGUUGCGUCACACUACGUAUCAUGCUUACCUGAAACCAACGUUUAGUCGACAAAAUCUGAAAAUUUUACUAAGCACUAGGGUGCAUCGGGUGUUAUUCAAUAAGAAGACUGCAGUCGGUGUGUUGGCAACCGAAGAUUACUUCAAGAGUGCACCAAAGAAGAUUUACGCAGCCAAAGAAGUUAUUUUGGCUGCUGGUGCCUUCCAUACACCGCAAAUUCUUAAGCUAUCUGGAGUGGGGCCGGUGAAAGAGCUCAAGAGAUAUGAUAUCAAUCUGGUGCAUAAUUCACCGAUGGUUGGAAGGAAUUUAUACGACCACAUGUCCAUGCCGAUUUAUGUUAGUGUGAGUGAGAAAAUGAGCAUAACUCGCGACAAAGUUCUAAGUGUAAAAGAGAUUUUGAAAUAUUUAUUAAGCGGAGGAGGGAUUUUCAGCAAUUUCGGGGUAAUAGGCUACCUUUAUGAUACAGACAAUGACCACGGUACGGGCAUUUUCGGAGUUGGCAGCAUUGAUGAGACAUUUUUGGGACAAAUUUCGAACGCUGAACAACAGAUCUUCCGAGCAAAUUUCCCAUUUUAUAAUGACACCAAAAAAGAGGGAUUUGUGCUGCUGAACACAUGCUACCAACCGCUAAGCCGAGGAACCGUUCGCCUGCAAAGCAAUCGAAUUCAUGAUUCCCCCGACAUCGAUCCAAAUUAUUUGGAGAAUCAAGAUGACGUAGAUUGUUUGAUUAGAGCGAUUCGAUUAGCAAUGGAUUUGAUAGCAACGGACGCGUUCAAAGCGGUGAAUGCAAAAAUUCAUUGGCCACAAUUUACACAGUGCAAUAAUUUUAUCACAUACUCGGCUGACGACGAAAUGAAUGUCACUGAUCGCUACUUGGAAUGUAUAAUUAGAGUUGGCGCAUUAACCGCUCAUCAUCCAGGUGGUUCGUGUUCAAUUGGGAAAUCACCAAAUAGUGCAUUGGACUCUCAUAUGCGAGUUCGUGGGGUUCGUCGAUUACGUGUUACAGAUGCAAGCAUUAUUCCGUCUCCAGUAAGCGGUCAUCCACACACCAGUGUGGCUGCUAUGGCCGAAUGGGCAUCUCGGUUGAUAUUAUACGACGCAUAAUCAACGUCAAAUGGACAGGCUUACUUCCCAAGACUAUUAAUUUAAAUAGAUGUCAAUUUGAUUAUACUGUAUUAUUAAACGCAUUUUUUCCAAACUCAAA